UUUCCUCCUCAAAGUCAACUGGAAACCUUAAACCGGGCCGUGCAAUUAAAGUGCAAAUUGAUAUAUGCAAGUGCAGCAUCAGCAGCAGCUUUGCCGAAAAACAGUUGCCGUAUCGCCGACGAAGACGACAACGAAGCGGGUCCAAAGUAUUGCCCGCAGAACGUGGUAGAAUCAAUUCCUUUGCCCAAUAAUAAGCGGCGCAUUUGAACGCCGGUCUGCCCAUAAAAAUGAUUGCCAUAUAACCGCACACCGCGGACGCAACCACACAAAGAGUCGGAGCUUUGCGAUUAGACAAGCAGAUUAGAGACCCAAAAAGGCUGUCCCCAGGAGAGCCACACUUUGCCGGCAAGGAGACAGGUCGAGGAGAGAACCACCAAAGAUGAACAGCCUGGCACGAGUGUUCAGCAAUUUCCGCGAUUUCUACAACGAGAUCAAUGCGGCCACGCUCACCGGAGCCAUCGAUGUCAUCGUGGUGGAGCAGCGGGAUGGCGAGUUCCAGUGCUCGCCCUUCCACGUCCGUUUUGGCAAGCUGGGAGUGCUGCGGAGCAGGGAGAAGGUGGUGGACAUUGAGAUCAAUGGCGCCCCCGUUGACAUACAGAUGAAGCUGGGUGACUCCGGCGAGGCGUUCUUUGUGGAGGAGUGCCUAGAGGAUGAGGAUGAGGAACUGCCUGCUAACCUGGCCACCUCACCCAUUCCGAACAGCUUCCUGCAGUCGCGGGACAAGGGCAAUGACACCAUGGAGGACAUCAGUGGAGUGGCGGCCGACAAAAACGCUAGCGAGGAGCUUCAGCUGCCACUGCCGUUGCCGCGACGCAACUCCAUAGACUUCUCCAAGGAGGAGCCCAAAGAAGCGGCCGUCGAGGGCGGCAAGUUCGAGAACCAGGUCUCGGACUACACGCAGCGCAGACACACCGACAACACGCUGGAACGUCGCAAUCUGAGCGAGAAGCUCAAGGAAUUCACCACUCAGAAGAUUCGCCAGGAGUGGGCCGAGCACGAGGAGCUGUUCCAGGGAACCGAGAAGAAACCUUCGGAGACUGAGGUGCUGGAGAGCCAAAGCAAGGCGGCAGAGUCUGAAAAGGAAGUGCAGGUGGCUGACAAAGAGCAGGAAGCCAAGCCAGACCUAACCCUCACACCGGUCACCAUUAGCGAACCCACCAAGGAGGUGGCUUCCAAGGGCAAGACCAAGAAGCGGCGCAAGAAGUCGCAGAUGAAGAAGAAUGCCCAGCGCAAGACCUCCUCCAGCAGCUCGGUGGGCAGUGCCGCCGGCGGCGAUCUGGCCUCGGCGGAGACCGCCUCCGUGGGUGUGACCAACAUCGAUGAGGGCGAUGCCCAAGUUUCCAGUGCCACUAACAACAACAACAAUAACACCUCCUCGUCCAACGACGAGCAACCAUCGGCUCCUCUGCUCACCGCCCACACCGGUGACGACAGCCCGCUGAGCGAGCUUCCCCACACUCCAACCACCAAUCCACGCCUGGAUCUGGACAUUCACUUCUUUAGCGACACCGAGGUUUCCACCCCGGUGGUCGGUGGAUCGGGUCGCGCCGCCGGCGGCCGACCCUCGACGCCCAUCCAGAGCGACAGUGAGCUGGAGACGACAAUGCGGGACAAGCGUCGCGGAGUGGACGAGGAGAGUGCUGCCGCCUCAUGGAAGUGGGGCGAGCUGCCGACGCCCGAGCAGGCCAAGAACGAGGGCAUCGAGGCGCAGAUGGAGCGCCAUUCGAUGCUCAGCAACAUGUUCAGCUUCAUGAAACGCGCCAACCGGCUGCGCAAGGAGGUGGGCGUGGCCGAGGCCGGGGAUAUCUACCUGUCCGACCUGGACACCGGCAGUUUGGAUCCCGAGAUGGCGGCCCUCUACUUCCCGUCACAAAAGCCCAAAGAGCCCUUCUCGCCGCCGGAGGAGGAUCGGGAGAGCGGCAACGGCACCAGCCUGCCGCACUCGCCCAGCUCGCUGGAGGAGGGCCAGAAGAGUCUGGACUCAGACUUUGACGAGGCCAAGCAGCAGCAGAAGGACAAAAAGUACUUGGACUUUGUGGCCAUGUCCAUGUGCGGAAUGCCGGAACAUGGCGUAGAGCCCUCGGAGCAGGAGUUCAACCGUCACCUGGUCAGCUAUCCGGAUGUGUGCAAAAGCCCCAGCAUAUUCUCAUCGCCUAAUCUAGUCGUACGGCUGAAUGGCAAAUACUACACCUGGAUGGCUGCAUGUCCCAUUGUCAUGACAAUGAUCACCUUCCAGAAGCCACUAACCGAUGAUGCCAUUGAGCAGCUAAUGUCGCAGGGCGGCAAGUGUCUGGCCAGCGAGGACAAGCAGGAAGCGGCCGCCCAGGCAGACAGUGCUGGGCAGACCAGGCGCUACUGGUGGAGCUGGAGGCGCUCGCAGGAUGCAGCGCCCAACCAUGUGGGCAAUGCCCAUGGCAUGCCCCUUGGCAAGGAUGAGAAAGAUGGCGAUCAGGCAGCGGUGGCCACCCAGACCUCGCGGCCCAACUCACCGGACAUCAGUGAUCCAACGCUGAGCAAGAGCGACUCCCUGGCUAACGCAGAGAACACCUCGGCGCUGGUGGACAACCUCGAGGAGUUGACCAUGGCCUCCAAUAAGAGCGACGAGCCCAAGGAGCGGUACAAGAAGUCGCUGCGCCUUAGCUCCGCAGCCAUUAAAAAACUAAACCUCAAGGAGGGCAUGAACGAGAUCGAGUUCAGCGUGACCACCGCCUACCAGGGAACGACGCGCUGCAAGUGCUACCUGUUCCGCUGGAAGCACAACGACAAGGUGGUCAUCUCGGACAUUGACGGCACCAUUACCAGGUCGGAUGUUUUGGGCCACAUUCUGCCCAUGGUGGGCAAGGAUUGGGCACAGUUGGGCGUGGCUCAGCUGUUCUCGAAGAUCGAGCAGAAUGGCUACAAGCUGCUCUAUCUCUCGGCUCGCGCCAUUGGCCAGAGCAGGGCGACACGCGAGUACCUGCGCUCCAUACGGCAGGGCGAUGUGAUGCUGCCGGAUGGGCCGCUGCUGCUGAAUCCCACAUCCCUGAUCUCGGCCUUCCACCGCGAGGUGAUCGAGAAGAAGCCGGAGCAGUUCAAGAUUGCCUGUCUGUCGGACAUUCGUGAUCUGUUCCCCGACAAGGAGCCCUUCUAUGCCGGCUACGGCAAUCGCAUCAAUGACGUGUGGGCCUAUCGUGCCGUGGGCAUACCCAUCAUGCGCAUCUUUACUAUCAACACCAAGGGCGAGCUGAAGCACGAGCUGACCCAAACAUUCCAGUCCUCAUACUGCAGCAUGACGUACAUUGUUGACCAACUGUUCCCGCCGGUUAAGCACGACGAAGCCUCCGCGGAGUUCUCCAACUUCAACUAUUGGCGCGAUCCCAUACCGGACCUGGAUAUACCCGAACUGGAGACGUCACAGGUGGCGCCCAGCAAGGUCGUCGAGAUGGCCACCCUGCGACCCAUUCCCGAGAAGUGAACUCCCCCCGCAAACCAUACUAUACACUUUCUAUGAAGCAGAUAGCGCUUUUCCCCAUAGCUUUCCACCCCCCACUUCUUCUCUAGAUGUGCUUACCAAAAAUAUGUCCCUAUGACCCUGCAUAAGCAUAGCUGGCGGCCAGCAUUCGUUGUUCGUUUCAUCAGUUUCAUUUUAUAUAGUAUAUUUUAUUAAAAUGCCUAGUUUCUAGUUAAAUGUGGGUAGACUUGAGUUGUAUUCCGAAAUUGAGUUUAUUUCUACCCGCAGUAAGUUCCUUUGAGACUCCUGCAAGUUCCAAGAAGCUGCAGUUUCAACUGGCAGUUGUGAUUUUCGAUUUCAUUAUUCAUUAUUAUUUCCCCGUGUGAUUUAAUUUAAAUUAAGUUCAUUGUGAUGAGGUUUUAUUUGGAGUUUCUCUUUCUGAAAACUGUGCUCUAGACCAGACCUAUGUAUGUAUACUUAACUGAUAGUGUUUCAAUACAAAUAAAUGCUUCGAAAUUCUGAGAAAA